AUGAAGAGGUAUGGAGUAGGAUUUCCCACAAUGGAGAAAACAUUGUUCAGACGAUCACAAGCAGUUCAGGUGGAGAUGGUGCUGGUGGUGAGAGUCGAACGUGUAGCUGCAAUGGUGGACGUUGUGGUGCGGCUUGAGCGAAAUGUUUUCAACGGUGGCGACCGUGGAGGUGGUGAUGUGAACGGUGGCGAAAGUGUAGAUGUCGAUGGCGGUAUCUAUUCACGUAGAACUGGAGGAGGAGGAGUAGGAUGCCGAGGUGGUCGUGCCCUUGACAGAAGAGGAGAUGGUGGUGGAGGGGGCGAUGCCAACAGUGAUGACAGUGGAGGAUCAGUAGGCGGUAUCUGUCCAAGCCCAACCGGAGGAGUAGAUCGAGAUGCGCGUGGGCUUAACAGAGGAGGAGGUGGUGGUGGAAGGGGCGGUGCCAACGGUGAUGACAGUGGGGGCACCGAUGGCGGUAACUGUUCAAGGCAAACUGGAGGAGGAGACUGGGGUGGUCAUGGACGAGGAGGAGUUGGUGGCUGGAGUGGGGCUACUGAAGGCUCACCGGCGUCGGAAACGAUUUCACAUUAG